AUGGACUAUUCCCGAGUAGUCAUUGACUAUUUCCAAAAGAUUAUUAACUACCCUCCAUCUCAAUUGGCCUGCCUCAUUACCGUCAUCAUCGCUAUUGCAACAUUUCAAAUUCUUAGGGCUGUAUACAGGCUACACUUUCAUCCUCUUUCAAAAUUCCCAGGGCCACGCUCUGCCGCCAUCAGCCGCCAAUGGCAGGCAAAGAUAGUCCGAAAAGGCUUUCCUGAAAAGGAUUACGAAAAGCUUCAUAAAGAAUUUGGCACAAAAGUGUUACGCAUUGGACCGAAUCACCUUCACAUCUCAGAUCCAAGUGUGUACAAGGUCAUCUACAGUCAGGUCAAUGCUUUCCCAAAGGAGCCACUUUUCUAUAACAGCUUUGAAUCCCGUCACACUGUCUUCAGCGAGACAGAUGUCCAAUUGCACAAAGAGAGACGCAAGUUGCUUAACCCCCUCUUUUCCAAAGCAGGAGUCCAGAAAUUGGAACCGCUCAUUUUGGAAAAGAUACAAGAGACCAAAGAAAAGAUCAAACGUAUCUCCAAGGAUGGAUCAAUCAAUGUGUGGCCUGCCUUGAGAUGCAUGACAAUCGACAUUGUCUCGGAAUUCUUGUUUGGCAGUUGCAUCAAUAUGAUCAAUGAGCAUCCAACCUCGUUCGAAUCGGAAUAUCUCAAAGCUAUGAGCCUUGCCUCAGAACUGCCUUUCGAAAGAUACUACAGCACCAUGCAAAGAGUCGUGGCAAAGCUUGUUCCUCUUUCUAUCGCUGCAAAUUUCAACCCAGUUCUGAGGCAGACCGAAAAAUUGGUUGGAAUAAUAAUCGACUCGUACGAUACCUACAAACGCCGAACGACCCGUUCCCGCUUCCCUGUCAUUUUUGACAAACUCGAGUCGUUAUCUGCCGAUUUGCAAAAGGCUGAGGCCAUUAAUACUUUUAUUGCUGGCUCCGACACGACCGCCUUCACGCUAACUACAGCGCUGUUCCACAUCUUACACACACCAGAGGUCGAGAAGACAUUGACGGAAACCGUGGAUCAGUUGUUUGGAGAAUCUCACGACAUCCCAUCACUCAUCCAACUAGAGCAGGUCAAAUAUCUACGUGCCUGUGUCAACGAGGCUCUCCGACUCGGAAUGGGGGUACCUGGUACUCUCCCUCGUAUCGUUCCAAAACAAGCCCAGCCUUUUGUUGUAGAAGGCAAAGUGAUUCCUCCAGGUGUACGUUCUAGUACGAUUGUAUUUCUACGGCUUCAUACUGACACAAGUAGACACUGGUUGAUUUGGGGUCAGGAUGCCAAAUCCUUCAACCCAGCCCGUUGGCUUGGUCCCGACUCAAAGGAGCUUGAGAAACAAUUAUGCACUUUCAGCAAAGGCGCUCGCCAGUGCAUCGGAAUGAACCUCGCAUAUGCGGAGAUCACCAUGACCCUAGCACACUUCUUCCACUACUUCAAGAUGGAGUUGAAGACAAAGGAGUUACUUGCCGAAGAUAGAUUUGUUCACGAUGUAGUCGGACCAGGUAUCUUUGUAGAUUUCAAGCUACGGUGA